CUACAAAAAGAAACUCAUUUUGAUGGGAUUGAAUUGGAAGCUUUGUUUGAGCAAUACCGUUCCUUAUCUACUAUUGACUCUCCCGAAGGAGGGAUAGACAAGGAUACUUAUUUCAAAUGUUUAGGCCCGCUUGGCUUUGAAAAAAACCUGAUUGCUGAACGCAUCUUUGCCUUUUUCGAUCAAGAUCGCGAUGGUAUCAUCUCAUUCAAAGAACUGGUUUGUGGACUAUCAAUUCUCUGCAAAGGAAAUCUGGACGAGCGAAUUCACUAUGCAUUCCAAGGUUAUGAUCUUGAUGGGGAUGGAUUUGUUUCUCGCGAUGAGUUGCGUCGUAUGUUCAAGGCGUACUUUAACAUG